AUGGAGCUCUGGGCAGUCAAAAUGCUCAACUCAUGGGGUAAACUACCGGCUCCGGGCUUUCUAAGUGGUGCCGUAUCUGAUGUAGGAUCCUAUGAUCAGUGCCUUCAGCAAUCAAAUGAUAAGCAAUUAGUUAAACCUAAGUAUUGUCUCUUGGAUUUUGUGCCGCCAAUGGUUGACACACCCGACAACUUGAAUAUAUUUCAUAAAAUCACUUUAAUUGAUCCCAAAUUGAAUAUAUCGGCAAACAAUGUGUUUCGUCACAUUGAGGACAACAUAGCCUAUUUGUAUUACAUCUCAUGGAGAGUGGGCAUCUUUGCCAUUGACUGGCAUAUAGUUAAUCGUAAGAUUCAUUGCGAAACACAGCAAACAUUUUCAAUUGAUUUGUUAACUGGUAUCCAAUGGUUUGCACUAUCCGUCUUAUUUGCAUUUAUAUUAUUGAACAUAACGUCAACAUUGCUUGAUAUCUAUCAAAAUGAUUGGCCAUUACAUAUUGAUUGGAUAAUUACGGCAUUUUCAAUGAGACAUAAUCUACAUAAGCUUAUGUCCACUGAUACUGAAUCUCAAUCGUUGUCCUGUAUUCACGGUAUACGUGUAGUAACAAUAACAUGGGUUAUAUUAGGCCAUUGUAUGCUCUAUUCUAACUACCAGGCCUUCGAUCGUACCUUUGAUUCCCGUCAUAUAUUUACGGCUAUUGACUUACAGCCGUUUUUGAACACCUCCUACGGUGUCGACACUUUUUUUGUCAUCAGCGGAAUAUUGACAACAUAUGUAACAUUUUCGAUAACCAAUGGCGACCGAAACGGCUUCUCUAUGUUAGGCUAUUUGAUGUCCCGUUAUCUACGACUGACACCACUGUUAGGGCUAUUUAUUUUGUUUACAUUUUUAUUACCACUGGUCAGUUCGGGUCCCUAUUGGCACGAAACUGUUGAGCCUAUAAUCGACAGGUGCACAACAAACUGGUGGUUGAAUUUGAUUUAUUUACAAAAUUAUAUAAAUGUCGAUCAAAUAUGUCUAUUACACACGUGGUACCUGUCCUGUGAUAUGCAGUUUCAUAUAAUCUCAUUGUUGAUUAUAAUAGCCUUUUACAGGAGUCGAUCGGCGGGUAUGAGUCUAAAUACGGCGGUUAUGAUUGGAUUUGGAUUGACAACCGCUGCCAUCAUAUAUGUCCGCCAAUUUCCUCCUGCGGUCAUCAAUACGCAGAGGAGCACACUAUGGCUUAUAAUGGGCUGUGUUUCCGGUUACGGCCGACCGGUCAACACGUUUCUCAGUUGGAAAGCAUUUGUACCGUUAUCUCGGCUCACGUACUCUGUCUACCUGACCCAUGUAUGGUGGCUGUGGACCUUUAUGGGUACAUUAAGGGAACGGGUCGAUCUAAGUAGAUAUUCAAUGUCAAUGAUAUUUUUAUCCAUAUGGUUGGGCUCCUAUUUGUUGGCCUUUAUAUUUGCCCUAAUCGUUGAAUACCCGAUAUUACAUAUACAGAAAAAAAUCUCAACCAAAGUUAUUGCUUCAGGAAAUUAA